AUGCCGACAACUUCUAAAUUACAUGUUGCCAUCUACGGCAAUAGCGGCAUGUUCAACCACUGGAGCCUCUUUGUCGAAGGGCCCACAGAGCCCCAAAAAAUGAUCUUCCACGUCAUGGGCACUACAAAGAUGUACCGCUACGAAAAGCGAAUCUCGAACGCUCGUAAUUCGGCGACCCUCGUUGAGCUGAUGUACCUUUGUGAUGUGGAUAAUUCCAAAUUACAAACUAUCGAGGACGCUGCCAAAGAUAUUACCCUUCACAACGAACGUGAAAAUUAUUGCUGGGAAUGCCUCCAGGCACCCUCGCCUCCAUACUACGUCCUUGACCUCUUGGAGAGCUUAGAAAAAAAGGAUGUCCUUGAUCCAAACGAUCCAAAGUACAAUGAGAACAAGGCGGCAGUUAUGGACAAGGAGGAAGGCAUGACUUAG